UUCUACUUUCUAUUUCAUUUGUGAUGUAGUGUUUAUAAAUAAAAAUAUCAAAGUCCAUCCUUUUUCACCCCUUCAUUCAUCCUUUACAUUGCAGGCAGUAGCAACCGACAGAAUGUUCAGUCGGACCUUGAACCAAACCCACCAACUAUCAAAGUCACUUGGAACCUUCGUUGCCGGCGAAGUCAAGGGUGUACCUUCCAAGAAGUCCUUGGUUGCCAGAACCAUGAGUUCUCAAGCAACAUACGAGUUUGAGACCUUGAAAGUAACUUCCCCAGAAGAAUAUGUGAAACAUGUAGAGCUAAAUCGUCCAAAAAAAUUGAAUGCCAUGAAUACUGCAUUUUGGAAUGAUAUGAUUGACUGCUUCAGAAAACUAGCAGUGGACCCGGAAUGUCGAGUAGUCAUUCUUUCUGGUGCGGGGAGGAUGUUCACUGCAGGUCUUGAUCUUUAUGACAACGAAAAUCAGAAAGAUCUUGCGGAAGCUGGUGAUCCUAGCAGAAAGGCCAUUAUAAUUCAACGCUUUCUUCCAAAGCUGCAAGAAGCUUUCAAUGUUAUGGAAAGGUGUAACAAGCCGGUGAUUGCAGCAAUCCAUAACGCUUGCAUAGGUGGAGGCAUUGACAUGGCAUCGGCAACAGACAUUCGCUACUGUACAAGUGAUGCCUGGUUUCAGAUAAAGGAGAUUGAUAUUGGCCUGGCAGCAGAUCUGGGCACCCUUCAGAGAUUCCCCAAGAUCAUUGGCAAUGACAGUCUGUGCAGGGAACUUGUGUACACAGCCAGGAAAUUUACACCAGAAGAAGCAAAGCAUAUGGGAUUUAUCAGUCGUAUCUUCCCCGACAAAGAUGCAAUGAUGGCAGCAUCAAUAGAACUGGCCAAAACUAUUGCUUCAAAGAGUCCAGUGGCAGUCCAAGGGUCAAAGGUCAACCUGGUCUAUUCACGGGAUCACACAGUCCAGGAAGGGCUUGAUUACAUGGUCACCUGGAAUUCAGCAAUGCUCCAAUCUGAAGACACAGCCAAGGCAGUCAUGGGAAUGAUGGCAAAGGAGACUCCUAUUUUCUCCAAGCUGUGAUAUGUGUGAUGCCAGGGUUUGGCCUUCUUUUUUUUUUUUUUUGGUGCCGUGGGUCAGCCAGAUUCUUUUCAUACUUCUUUUUCUCAUCUAGUGGAAGAGGCAUUCAAAAUCUUAAAUGGGGUAAUGGUAGGCAAGUUUUUGUUACUUAAUCUGACACGCUCUAGUAUAAAUUAACCCCAAUCUGGAGGAAGAUCUGAACACACAGUUUCGUUUUUCUUUCUUUUACCCAUUGUCUCUUAUUUUGCCUCUUUCAAAUAAUGUUUUUCUUCUAUUCUUUAGCUACAAUUCCUGAACAAAUGCACACUGUGCAUCACUGUUUGUCGCAAAGAUUUUCUUUAACCCUAUCCGUACGUCGUGUUUUACUAUCGUAUCCAUAUGACAUGAUGAACUCUGUGCCACCACUUUCCAAAGACGAAAUUUACCCGUUAAUCCGAUCCAUACGCUUUGCAUAGUAGUCUGUCAAAAUGAUUUUUUGAGAAAUUCUGAAAGUUUCAAUGAUAUCUACUUGAAGUAUUCUAAAAUGUGAAGAAUACAACCCUGGGGGUACAAAAUGACCCCAGUUCGUACGGAUAGGGUUAAUAAUGCAGACAAAAAGCACGGCUGAAGAUAUGCCUUCAAUAAGUCGGGAAAUGGGGGUUAUUUGGUCAAAUAUUGUUGAAAAAAAUUAAUUUCACUGUCAUUGUCCUAUGUAUACAAUAAUACAUUUUGGAGAAAAAAGUUUCUUGUUUGUGUGCAGAAAAUAUUUUUAUCUAAGAUUCCGAAAAAGGAGAGAAGAAAACUAUUGGUUGUUGUAUUCAACGGCUUGGGUGAUGACGAAAAGAGAUUUAUUAUAACAAAAGGUUUUUAUUUACUAUUAUAAUUUUGUGCUCAUUUUAUCCAAGAGGUCAUGGCACAUUUCUCGUAGGUGUUUCUGCUAGGGGUUACCAAGUAGGCCUACACUAUGAUCUUUUUCCAACUCCGGCUAGAGUUUCUGUGAUAUGUUAACUUCAGUGUACUGGGCUGAUGUGCAAGGGAAUGUGGUUUGAAUGAGUGGCUGAAGCCUGAAUAAUGUGACUUGGACUUAUUGUCAGUUGUGGACCAUUUUGAAGUAGAUGCACAUAGGACUUAUUUCACCUUUUUUUACUCAAGAGAGAAAAUAUGUAGAUCAUUGUUAAAAAUGUAAGCAUGUGCAUGAAAAGAGGAUGUUUAUGAAUAAUAUGCUCUGAUGUGUGUGUAUAUAUAUAUAUAUAUAUAUGUUUGCAAUUUGAUUUUUUGUCUAUAAUUACAUUUGAAUCUUUUUUUACCAGAAAGUUGUCACUGCACACUUUUGCUAUCAGUAAAGUGUAUAAAGAAAUAA